GGAAAGUGUAAGAAAAAGCCACAAACAAGUAAUUAAAAUUCCACAUGAAGCUGAAUUUACUGCUGAAAUUUACAAAGUCGAAAAACAAAAGAGGCCAAAAAAGCGGCUACAAGAACAGAAUGUCAUUGCUAACAAGAGAAGACAACGAGAACUGAAAAAUAAUUACGGGCCAGGAGAAACAAUAAUAAUAAGCAACAUGAGCAGCCUGUCAGCCGCAGGAGGAUCAGGAGGAGGGGCAGGAGGGUCAGGGGGAGCAGAUGCCACUGCUACCGGCCAACAGGCAACUGUUACGGCCACCGGCAACAUGGAGCCAGCGAUGGUGCCACGUACCGCCAAUUUGCUGGCAUGCAAACAAUGGUGGCGCGUCUGCUUUUUGUACGGCGACCAGCAGAAAUAUUAUCGACAGCUCUAUAGCAAGGCGGCGGCCCAGCGGCUGGCGGACGCUAAUCAGGAUCCCAAUCCCGACAAUGGCAGCCGCGAUCGGGACUACGACACCGUGGACUGCGAUCUUAUCGCCGGGCAAUUAGAUGCCGCCGAGGAUGCGGACGAUGGCAUCGAUCUGGGCGAUCACGCGGGGAUGCCCCCGCCAACGGGACGACCGCUCUUCCCGUUCUCCUCCUCGCCGCGGCGCAGCAAGAAGCUCCUGAGAUCCCUGCGAGCCCAUGUCCGGGGAGAGAAGUCUUCGGGAAAGGCCACCACAAACGGCUCUACUAACGAGUCCAGCGAGAUGACCCAAAGGAAUGCCAGGGUGACCGUCCUCGAUGAUCCCUUUCUCUUCGGCAUCGAUGCCGAUCACCUGGGCGAUCUGGUGGUGCGGGGAAAACGCUACAGUCCGCUGGACGCCACCGAGAACAUGGCCAAGUUCUAUGGCGAACAGGAGGCCACCGCACAGGUCCUGGAGAUUAUCGAGCAGGAGGAGGAGGCGAAUCCUGUGAGUCAGGAAGCACCCAAGCCCGCCCUGCCGCCCAAGCAGAAGCAGCAGCGUCCUGUGCCGCCACUGCCACCACCACCGGCGAAUCGGAUCACUCAGGAUCAGCCUGCAACACCACAAGUGCAACCCCUGCAACCCCUGACCGUCGGCGAUCUUCAGUUUCUGAAUAUGAGCCUGCGGCACCGCAGUUUACCGCGCAGCAUGAAGCCGUUUAAGGAUGCCCACGAUAUCAGUUUCACUUUCAACGAACUGGACACGAGUGCCACCGCAGCGGAAGUGGCCACAGGAGCAGGAGCCGCCCAGCAGGAGUCAAAUGAGCCCAUCAGCCGAACGCCGCUAACGCAGAUCUCCUAUCUGCAGAAGAUCCCCACGCUGCCGCGCCACUUUUCACCCAGUGGGCAGGGCCACCUGGCCACGCCCCCCGCCCUCAGCCUGCCCAGCAGCUCCUCGGCCAGCGCCCUCUAUGCGGCCCAAACAGCAGCCGGCAUCCUUCCCACCUCCCCCCUGCCCCUGCAGCGGCACCAGCAGUACUUGCCACCGCACCACCAACAGGGAAUGGGAAUGGGAAUGGGUCUAGGAUCGGGAGCAGCAGGAGGAGGACCGCCCAUGGGCCCCCAGUAUUCGCCAGGCUGCCCGUCCGCCAAUCCCAAGUAUUCGAAUGCCCAGCUUCCGCCUCCGCCGCACCACCACCACCAGCUUUCGCCGGCCCUUUCGACGCCGUCGCCACCCUCGCUGCUCCAUCAUCCCGCCGGAGGAGGCACUUCCUCAGCCUCCGGACACGCCCCCUUCCUGGGCGGACCGCACAUGGACAUGCAGCGGCAGUCGCACUCGGACGACGACAGUGGCUGUGCUCUGGAGGAGUACACCUGGGUGCCACCAGGACUGCGGCCCGAUCAGGUUCGCUUGUAUUUCUCGCAAAUACCCGACGACAAAGUGCCAUACGUCAACAGUCCGGGGGAGCAGUAUCGUGUGCGACAAUUGCUGCAUCAACUUCCGCCGCAUGAUAACGAGGUUCGUUACUGUCACUCACUGACGGAUGAGGAGCGCAAGGAGCUGCGGCUCUUCUCCACGCAGCGCAAACGCGAUGCCCUGGGCCGCGGCAACGUGCGGCAGCUGAUGAGCGCCCGACCCUGCGACGGCUGCGACGAUCUAAUUUCCACGGGCGACAUCGCCGUGUUCGCCACGCGACUCGGCCCAAAUGCCAGCUGGCAUCCGGCCUGCUUCGCCUGCUGCGUAUGCCGCGAGCUCCUCGUGGACCUCAUCUACUUCCACCGGGAUGGUCGCAUGUACUGCGGACGCCACCACGCCGAGACCCUCAAGCCCCGCUGCUCGGCCUGCGAUGAGAUCAUCCUGGCGGACGAGUGCACGGAGGCGGAGGGCAGGGCGUGGCACAUGAACCACUUCGCCUGCCACGAGUGCGACAAGCAGCUGGGCGGUCAGCGGUACAUCAUGCGCGAGGGCAAACCGUACUGUCUGCACUGCUUCGACGCGAUGUUCGCCGAGUACUGCGACUACUGCGGCGAGGCGAUUGGGGUGGACCAGGGCCAGAUGAGCCACGACGGGCAGCACUGGCAUGCGACGGACGAGUGCUUCUCGUGCAACACGUGUCGCUGUUCGCUGCUCGGUCGCGCCUUCUUGCCACGAAGGGGGGCGAUCUACUGCUCGAUUGCCUGCAGCAAGGGGGAGCCGCCAACGCCGUCGGACAGUUCCGGCACGGGGAUGUACACCACGCCCACUCCGCCCACGCAGCGGGUGCGCCCACAUCCGCAGGCGCCCCUCCCGACGCGCAUCCCCAGCAGCCACGCCUCCAGCUCACCGCCCAUGUCGCCGCAGCAGCAGCAGCAACACCAGGCGACCUUCAACCAGGCCAUGUACCAAAUGCAGAGCCAACAGCUGGAGGCAGCUGGCGUUGGCCUGGUGGUGGAGCAGGGCAAGAGCUACGCCACCUCGGACUCGGAUGCGGGUGUGGUCAAGGAUCUGGAGCCCCACGGGCCACAUGGCGGCGACCUGACGGACUUUUCAGGAGGUCGCGCAUCCAGCACAUCGCAGAAUCUAUCGCCUCUCAACUCACCGGGCGACUUCCAGCCGCACUUUCUGCCCAAACCCAUGGAACUGCAGCGCGAUGGGGUCUACAACUUCAACGAGAUGUCCUCGAAUCUGGAUGCCGCCUGGCCGGCAAAGCCCACGAAUAGCUAUCAAAUGCAGCGGCAGCUCCUGGAGAAUCCGCACACCGCCAGCAUGCCGGAACUGGGAAUGUCGGGACAGAUGGUGGCGCCACCCGCCCACUUGCAGCAUUUGUCGCAGCUGCACGCCGUCUCCUCGUCGCAGCAAUUCCAGCAGCAGCACGAGUACGCGGAUAUCCUCCAUCCACCGCCUCCGCCGCCGGGUGAGGUUCCCGAACUGCCCACUCCCAACUUGAGUGUGGCCUCCACUGCCCUUCCACCCGAACUGAUGGGCUCACCCACCCACUCGGCGGGCGAAAGGUCGCUAAACACGCCCCUCUCCACGCAGUCCGCCACCCAUGGACCCCCGCAUCCGGUGUCCAUACUCAGUGGCGCCUCCUCCUCCUCGCCGAUGAGCGGGGAGCCGGGCAAGAAGAAGGGCGUGCGCUUCGAGGGAAUCCCGGACACUCUGCCGCGAUCGCGCAGCUACUCGGGCAAUGGAGCGGGCACGAGUGGAGGUGGCGAAAGGGAGAGGGAUAGGGACAGGGAAAAGGAUAAAGAGGGUGGUCGCCAUGGUCAUGGUCACGGGCACUCCUCCCGCCGACGAAGACGUCGCAAGUCCUCCUCCACCACCUCAUCUCACCAUCGCAGCGGCAGCGGGCAUCGCUCGCACUCGACCACUCGGGCGGAUACUUAUGCGCCUGCGCAGCCACUCUCCUCCUCCUACCAAGGUCCACCCUCGGCGCUGCAGGCUGCCAAUCUCGUCCAGGAGUCGCCCAAUCGACAGCAGAGGGAUCGGGAAAGGGACAGAGAGAGGGAGCGGGAGGAAUCCGAGGAGUCGGACGUCUGCUCCACCUGCUCCUCGAGCUCCUCCAGCUCCGAGGACUACAUGAUGAUGUACCAGCUGCCGCAGAGGCGCCACUACGGCGGGGUGCGGGUGAGCUAUGUGCCCAACGAUGCACUGGCCUACGAUCGGAAGAGGAAGCCCAGCGAGAUGGGCGGCGACAAGGACAAGAACUGCAUCAUCUCGUGAUGCCGUCCGCCGGAGGGGGUUCCAAUCAGAGCUCAGAUACACAGAUGUUAUUAAUGUGGCGGCAGCUAACGAAGUGGUUCAAAACGCUCGCGGAGAUCAUCAAUUCCACGCACCACACAAAGCAAAAUAAAGUUCAACUUGACAUUAAGGCGCCUAGUUAAGAUACACUCACCAACAUACAUAUGCAACUCCGGAGGAGGAGAAACCCUACGAUAAGAGCCAACACUGUUCCAAAUACACAUCCCUAGUUAAGCUAAUUGAAGGUCCGAACUAUAUAUAUUUUUAUAAUUACCAGUAGCGUAGGGAGAAUACAAUGCAGAUAACCCUAUUUAAACACUUUAUUUAUAUUUAUUACACUACACUAGGCUUACCAGAUACUCUAACUUUACGCCUAGACAAAUAAGUAGAUAUGCAAAAGGGUUCCUCGAGACUCCGAUGCCAGCAAUUGGGCUAAUGAAACUCUACAAUAAAUCUAGUUUAAGCCGACAUUCACGAGAAUAAAGAGU